AUGGGCUUCGUCAGUCUGUUUCUACCAGAGACAUCUUCUCAUCGUGUCGGACACAGAGACCCGUUCUGGAAUGGCAGAAAGAAGCCUUUUAUGAUCGCAGCCAUCGCCUCGGCGAUGCUACUGCAGAUCUUGUUCCUUAUGAACAUGUCAUAUCUAUUCGGCUCCCUGUUCAAAUCCGAACACAGAGUGCACAAUCUACAUAUCCUCACAGUCGACUACGAUGGUGGCGUCAUUGGAAAGAGUCUACAGGGUGCCAUCACACAGCUCAAAGCUGACACCUUCCCCACUUUCGACAUCGAGAAUACUACCAAAUACCCUGCGGUGGAGGAUAUUGUCCGAUCUGUCAGGAAGGGAGAACAUUGGGCUGCUGUUUUCUCUCACGCUGGAGCAUCAGAGCGCCUCGCAGCUGCUCUCGAGGGUGGAGACGCUGCAGCCGCGUACGAUUCGACCAACACACUUACCUAUGUCUGGAACGAGGUCCGAUACCCAGCUAUGGAAGACGGCACCAUCAAGUCUAGCAUGUCGCAGCUCAUGGCAGUCGCCCGCAUUGCAUACAACCACAUGAACGGCACCGGUGCCCUACAGACACUAAACAAAAACGACCCUGCUGCUCUCCAAGUUUUCCUCGAUCCGAUUCAAGCAGGGGAAAUCAAUAUCAUGCCUACGACACAAGGAACAAGAGUAUUGUACAACACCGUGGCUAUGGUUUUGCCGAUCAUUCUACAGUUUUUCUUCCUUAUGGCCAUCAACGGCGUCAGUGCAGAGUUCAAACUAUACUCGCACCUACCAGUCCUCAACAAUGGCAUUAUACGCUUAGUGCUUAGUCUAUCAUACACAUUCAUCGGCUCGCUCUGCUGGGCUGGCUACGUCUGGGCUUUCCGCGAGACCUGGUCUGUAGGCGCAGGCCAGUUCUUCUGCACUUGGGUGAUAAUCUGGUUGUUUAUGCACAUCAACUUUAUCGUCAUCGACGUAGCAACCGGUUUCAUACCCAUGACAUUCCUUCCUUUCUUCGUCUUGACCUGGGUAAUCCUCAACGUGACCUCCACAAUCUGGCCCUUCGAACUCGCGCCUGCCUUCUAUCGAUGGGGCUAUGUCCUUCCCGCUCAUGAGGUCUGGCAAGUGCUGAUACAGAUCUGGUCGGGAGGUGCAGUGGAUAGACUGUAUCAAGCUUUGCCGAUACUAUUCACGUGGGAAGUUGUGUUUUUGCCAUUGGCAAUCGUGGCGUUGAAUCAUCGCUGCAAGGUUGCGGAAAGAGAGCAUCUGGCUGCAGAAGAGGAGAGACGACAACUCAUAUUGAAGGCGGAGAAGGGCAAGGAGGAUGAGGUGGUUGAAGAGGAGGCAUCGUCGCUGGUGGACGCGAAAGUGCAGAGUUUCGAGGCGGAGGGGCAGAGAGACGUCUACGCUCCGGCUAUUGCCCCUCCGGUCUGA